AUGCGAAGAGCUCCAUCAAAGUGCCUCCAAUUACCCCGUACGAGGUAAUUAGAGGCACUUCACUUAUACGGUUGGGGUAAAUAGAGG